AUGAAUCCCUCUCCGCGGAGACCGGCCGCUGCCACCUCCAACCCUGCCAUGCUACUGCUGCUCCUGUGCCUGGGCUGGGCGCCGCCGGGCUGGGGCUGGACGCGGGGCAGCUCCCGGGGGGCGGCCGGGCUGCCCCCCAACGCCACCACGCCGAUCUCCAUCAUGGGCUUGAUGCCGCUCAGCCAGUCCGAGGAGGACCAGAAGAGCAAGAUCGGCCGGGGGGUGCUGCCCGCCGUGCAGCUGGCCAUGGAUCAGAUCCGCAACGAGUCCCUGCUCAACCCCUAUUUCCUGGACCUGCGGCUCUACGACACGGAGUGUGACAAUGCAAAAGGACUCAAAGCCUUCUAUGAUGCAAUAAAAUAUGGACCUAAUCAUCUGAUGGUUUUUGGUGGCGUAUGUGCAACGGUUACUUCUAUUAUUGCUGAAUCUCUAAAGGGAUGGAAUUUGGUUCAGCUUUCAUUUGCAGCAACAACCCCGGAGUUGGCUGAUAAGAAAAAAUAUCCAUAUUUCUUCCGGACAGUGCCAUCUGAUAAUGCAGUGAAUCCAGCAAUUUUGAAGUUACUCAAAUAUUAUCAGUGGAAGAGAGUUGGAACUUUAACCCAGGAUGUACAAAGGUUCUCUGAGGUGAGGAAUGAUCUGACUCGCGUCCUGUAUGGUGAAGACAUCGAAAUUUCAGAUACUGAGAGUUUCCUCAAUGAUCCUUGCACAAGUGUAAAGAAGCUUAAGGGUAAUGACGUUCGGAUAAUCCUUGGCCAGUUUGAUGAGGAAAUGGCUGUGAAAGUUUUCUGCUGUGCUUAUGAUGAAGAAAUGUAUGGCAGCAAGUACCAGUGGAUUAUACCAGGGUGGUAUGAAAACCUUUGGUGGGAAUCCUGGAUUAAUUCCUCACAAUGUCUCAGCAAAAAUCUUCUUGCAGCCAUGGAAGGUUAUAUUGGAGUGGAUUUUGAGCCUCUCAGCUCAAAAAAGACAAAGACCAUAUCAGGAAGGACUCCACAGCAAUAUGAAAAGGAAUACAACGCUAAGCGCGGUGAUGGACAAUCCAGUAAAUUUCAUGGUUAUGCCUAUGAUGGAAUAUGGGUGAUCGCCCAGACUCUGCAGCGGGCAAUGAAGUAUCUCAAUGCCACCAACAAACACCAAAAAAUUGAAGAUUUUAACUAUACAAAUCACAAGCUUGGCAAAAUUUUUCUGGAUGCUAUGAAUGAAACCAACUUCUUUGGAGUAACGGGUCAAGUUGUUUUCAGAAACGGAGAGAGGAUGGGAACCAUCAAAUUUACGCAAUUCCAAGAAAGAAAGGAAGUGAAGGUGGGAGAGUACAAUGCUGUGGCUGACAAACUGGAAAUAAUCAACAACAGCAUCAGGUUCCAAGGCCUUGAGCCUCCAAAGGACAAAACAAUUAUACAAGAGGAGCUACGCAAGAUCUCCCUGCCUCUCUACAGCAUCCUCUCUGCCCUCACCAUCCUAGGAAUGAUAAUGGCCAGUGCUUUCUUGUUCUUCAACAUCAAAAACAGAAAUCAGAAACUAAUAAAGAUGUCCAGUCCCUACAUGAACAACCUUAUUAUCCUUGGAGGGAUGCUUUCUUACGCAUCUAUUUUUCUUUUUGGUCUUGAUGGAUCCUUUGUCUCCGAAAAGACAUUUGAGACACUUUGCACAGUCCGAACAUGGAUUCUUACAGUGGGAUACACAACUGCAUUUGGAGCAAUGUUUGCAAAAACGUGGAGAGUUCAUGCAAUUUUCAAAAAUGUAAAAAUGAAGAAAAAGAUCAUUAAAGACCAGAAGCUACUGGUGAUAGUUGGAGGGAUGCUACUGAUUGAUCUUUGCAUCUUGAUUUGCUGGCAGGUUGUGGAUCCUUUGAGAAGGACAGUGGAAAAGUAUAACAUGGAGCCAGACCCUGCAGGCAGAGAUAUCUCCAUCCGACCAAUCUUGGAGCACUGUGAAAACACUCACAUGACAAUUUGGCUUGGGAUUGUCUACGCUUAUAAAGGGCUGCUAAUGUUAUUUGGGUGUUUCCUAGCCUGGGAGACACGAAAUGUCAGCAUUCUAUACAAUGUGGGGAUAAUGUGUAUUAUUGGUGCUGCUGUUUCAUUCCUUACGCGGGACCAACCCAAUGUGCAGUUCUGCAUCGUUGCUUUAGUCAUAAUAUUCUGCAGCACCAUUACUCUCUGCCUUGUGUUUGUACCUAAGCUCAUCACGCUGAGAACAAAUCCAGAUGCAGCCACACAGAACAGACGAUUUCAGUUCACUCAAAAUCAAAAGAAAGAAGAUUCAAAAACAUCAACAUCAGUCACCAGCGUCAAUCAGGCCAGCACAUCUCGACUAGAAGGACUGCAGUCAGAGAAUCACCGCUUGAGAAUGAAAAUUACAGAGCUGGACAAAGACUUGGAAGAGGUUACAAUGCAGCUUCAGGACACUCCUGAGAAAACAACAUACAUUAAGCAGAACCACUAUCAGGAUCUCAAUGACAUUCUUAGUAUACGGAACUUUACAGACAGCAAAGAUGGUGAGAAAGCCAUUUUGAAAAAUCAUCUUGAUCAAAAUCCACCAGCACAAUGGGGCUCAUCAGACCCUUCCAGAACAAGCAAAGAUCCUAUAGAAGACAUCAACUCUCCAGAACACAUACAGCGUCGGCUGUCUUUGCAGCUGCCCAUUCUUCAUCAUGCCUACUUGCCAUCCAUAGGAGGAGUUGAUGCUAGCUGUGCCAGUCCGUGCGUAAGCCCCAGUGCCAGUCCUCGGCACAGGCACGUGCCACCCUCCUUCCGAGUAAUGGUUUCGGGGCUGUAGGAAAGGGAGAUCAGUGCUUCCUGAACUGCUUUUAAGUACUCAAUGACUGGACUAAACAUCUGACCUAGAACUCUGCUACAAACAUGUAACAUUGGCUCUUACCGCAGAGGAACUACCGCUGAGGCCGUCAUCACAGGAGUGCCCGUGUAACUCAUGUGGGAAGGCAGAGGAGAAGGACACAAGGAGUUUGAUCUGUAGCCUUAUUCAUGGAGUUUUUAUUUCUUCACAUAGAAGUCACUGAAAAAAACGUUUCUUCCCAAAUUUCUACUAGCAACAAGGAGGCUGGGAAAUACGGAUCUUGCAAAAAAGACACUAGGGAAAAAAAAAAAAUACUCAAAUGUCACUGAGCUUUAUGUGGCUGCUGAGAACAUGCAAUUCUAUACUGUAUCCAUGUAAGGAAAAUACAAUGGUUGAGCUAUACCAUAUUUAUUGAAAUAGAUACACUCAUUUUUACAAGAGUUGUGUUAAAUUGCUGGAAACAUUCUGCACUGGUUAGUCUUGCUUGUUUUCACUUCAGGGACGAUGUUCGAUAGGAAAGGAGGAUUGUGAGAAA